UUGUUCCACUUCUAGUCCUGCUCCGGCGAGCUCUCCGCCGUCUUCUACCCCAUUCACGGCGGAGAUGGCCGGAAGCCGGGUAGAGCUGUUUCUACCCUGGCGUCAGGGCAUACUCUUGGAGCUGCGGCGACAAGAAGCCCAAGAAGCGACGAUGGUCAAGAUAGAGGUUUCUGGAGCUUUCUACCCAGACAGGAUUCGGGACCUUCAGACCAUUGGAGGGCUCAAGUUCCAGGGCCCCGUCCACAUGGACGAGACCACCACGACUCAGGCCUCCCUUCUCGUCAGAGACGACGCAGUACGGUCUUGCCGCUGCUGCAGUGAUAUGGACGUCCCAACUCCACCCUUCUCAUCGACCAUCGAGGAGAGUGCAGUCCGCUUCUCCGAGUCAGAGCCCCACACAUUUGAGGCGACCAUCCUGACAGUAGAGAAGCACCCCACUCUUAGUGUUGUACACCUUGAGCCAACCAGUGUGCCUCCUUAUUCUGCAUGCAUAGGUGACAGAAUUAUGCUAAGGUCUGGCUUGAUUACUUGGGAAGCAACUGUCAUAUACUUUGGAGAUCACCAAACACCGCCUGAUGUAACAGCCUUGGAAAAUAGAAUAUGCAUUCAUGUGCUAGAUCAGCAUGUGCCUCAAGGACCAAGAUGUCUGCCUCACCCUCACUGUUCAGUAUUUGUCCGGCCAGCCCAAGGACCUCCAGCUAAUAUUACCAUCAGCCAUCUGGGCAAGGGGCCCCAGAGAAAACGCAAGCAGAAACAAAUUGAGGCGAUCCAAAAGAAGAUUAAAGUAGCAAUAAAUGGUUACAGUGACAUAGGGAGGGCUCUUGCAAGAGUUGCUUUGGACAGUGAAGAUGUUGAACUUGUUGCUAUCAAUGACCCCACAAUCACAGAUCAAUUGAGUUGUAUGUUUAGGGAUUCCAAAUGUGACUUUGAAGUGAAAAGCGAAAGCCGUAACCCCGGUAUUCUUUCCUUUGGUAAAAAGGAGGUCAAUUUCUUCGAGGAAAGUGAUCCUGGGGCUGUCCCUUGGUACAUGGCCAGUACCAAGCUUAUUGUGAAAAGUAGGAACUCUAGUCCGGAGGAAGAAGUUUCCUGCAAGGAGUUUGCUGCUGAGCACGGCCAAGAUUUGGACGUUAACCUCUCUGGUCCUCUUGAAGAGAUGCUCCACAGUUGCAACCCAUUCUCUACCACUCCAAACAGUUCGAGGUUCCCAAUUCUCUACAUCAGGCCCAUCACCCCAAUUCUCUACAUCAGGCCCAUCACCGCAAGUGAUGCUAAGGCUGUGAGCGAUUGUUUCCCCCUCUGGAUGGGCAAUCGAGCUGUCUCGGUCGUUCGGUUUCAGGGGGUAGAUGUGAUCUUUGCGCUGGGAGCGUAUGCAGACUACCAUCAAUUGCCGACUAGCACCUUGCCUAGUAUCAACAUGAAGCAGCUUGUGAGAUGGUGCUUGCAUAUGCUCAGCCAGACCCCUGCAGGACUUUGUAAGGUUGAGAUCAGCAAACUGUCAACAUAUUUUAGUCUAUAGCCUCCUGUACACAUGUAUGGUCACACGAUAAAACAUAGUCAGCUGGCCCUUGGAUAACUGCGAAUAUUCUCUUUUUCGCUGAAGCUAUAUCGCUAGAUGAAUAUAUGUCUGCAAAUAUUCUCAUUGUGA